AAAAUCUCCAAGGGUGAAGACCUUAAAAGCAUCUAGCAUGAAGCUAAGAGAGUUAAAGGGUAAGCAAAAGAAAGCUGGCAAUAAACGAGUAAAUAUGAGCGUCUCUUUUGCCUCAAGAUCUGGAAGGAGGUGAAUAGGCAACGUUAAACCUAUAACUAAGAAGAGAAUUGGGUGCAAAAGUCCACCUCCCAUUUCUUUGACUUCGAGAAUGAAGCUAUUUAAAAUGAACACAACUGUACUUGCAAGGAGAAAUUUAAAUAAUUUUGGAGCGAGGCUUACCUCUCCAGCUCAAAAAGAAAAGAGUUCCAAAAUACCAUCUUUUUCAUGUGAAAAUAAGAAAAAGACUGCAAACUAUAAGAGUAAGAGGAGAGCUCUCCAAAGACCUCUGGACAUUCUCAAGAAUAAAGUCAAAUCUCUUUCUCCCUUCCAAAGAAAGAUAAUCCAGUCAGCUUACCUUCAUUCAAUUGAAUUAAAGAGUAAGGUAAUGAAGAAGACUGAAAAGAGCAGUAAAAGUUCGGGUAAUGAAGAAUUCGGGCAUCUAGCCCCUGCGAUCAGUAGGUUUAACGAUCUAACCAGGAAGGUAAUGGAUGCCAAAUGCGCUUCAGGGCCUUGUAAAUCCUCCUUCGUACUGAACAAAAAGUUAGAGACAAUCAAACUUAUCAAAGAGAGGAUUUGACUAUUUGAUAAACAGACAAGAGCCUUCAGCUGUGACACAGAUAAUGAAUUUACUGCCUAGAGA